AUGGCGACUGAAAAUACAGUUACAACAUUGGAACGAAUGGCUAAUUUACUUCGUAUUCGAAGUAUUGAAUCUACACAAGCAGCAAAUUCAGGACAUCCAACAAGUUGUGCAUCGAUGGCUGAAAUAACAAGUACAUUAUUUUUUAAUGUUAUGCGAUAUGAUCCACAAAACCCAAAAAAUCCAGCUGCUGAUCGUUUUGUUUUAUCAAAGGGCCAUUGUGCUCCUAUUCUUUAUGCUGCUUGGGCCGAAGCUGGUGCAUUUCCUGUAGCAGAUCUCAAUAGUUUACGUAAAAUUGAUUCAGAUCUUGAAGGUCAUCCAACACCUCGUUUAAAUUUUAUUGAUGUCGCAACUGGUUCAUUAGGUCAAGGUAUAGGUUUUGCAGCUGGUAUGGCUUACGCUGGAAAAUACUUGGAUAAAUCAGAUUAUCGAGUUUAUUGUGUAAUGGGUGAUGGUGAAUGUUCUGAAGGUAGUGUUUGGGAAGCAUUUUGGUUUAGUUCAUUUUAUAAACUUAAUAAUCUUUGUGGAAUAAUUGAUGUCAAUCGACUUGGACAAAGUGAAGCAACACCAUUACAACAUGAAAUGGAAACAUAUCGAAAACGAGUGGAUGCAUUUGGAUGGCAUGCAAUUAUAGUGGAUGGACAGAAUGUUACUGAAUUGUUAGAUGCUUUUAAAGAAGCAUCGACAAUUAAAGAUAAACCAACGUGUAUUUUAGCUAAAACAUUGAAAGGUGCUGGUUUAAAAGGUAUUGAAAAUGAAUUAGAUUGGCAUGGUAAACCAUUGGGUGAUAAAGCUGCUGGUAUAAUUGCGGAUUUAAAAAAAUUAGUUAAUGAAGAAACAUUAAUUCGACCUGAAAUAGCCAAAAUAACUGCAAAAGUAGCUGAGAUAAAAAAAUCGAAAGAAAUCAAAUUAUCUUCACCACCAAAUUAUGAUGGAAAAAAAGAAAUAGCUACACGUCUUGCACAUGGUACAGCUCUUGAAAAACUUGGUAAAAGUUGUGAACAUAUCAUUGCACUUGAUGGUGAUACAAAAAAUUCGACAUAUUCAAUUAAAUUUCAUGAUUCAUUUCCAAAACGAUUCGUUGAAUGUUAUAUUGCAGAACAAAAUAUGGUAGCAGUUGCAAUUGGUAUUGCAACUCGUCAACGAUAUACAUGUUUUGUUCAUACAUUUGCUGCUUUUCUUAUGCGUGCUGCUGAUCAAAUACGUAUGGGAGCAAUAUCAUUUACACAAGUAAAAUAUGUUGGUUCACAUGCUGGAAUAUCAAUUGGUGAAGAUGGUCCAUCACAAAUGGCAUUAGAAGAUUUUGCAUUUUUUCGUACUGUACCAAAUAUUGUUUGUUUUUAUCCAUCAGAUGCAGUUUCAGCUGAACGUGCUGUUGAAUUAGCUGCUAGUUAUGAAGGAGCCGUUUAUAUACGAACAAGUCGACCUAAUUUUCCAAUUAUAUAUAAAAAUGAUGAAGUUUUUCACAUUGGACAAGCUAAGAUUGUUGUGGAAUCGUCAGCUGAUUGUUGUACAGUAGUAGCUGCGGGUGUUACAUUACACGAAGCAGUUAAAGCAUCGGAAAUACUCAAAAAAACUGGAAAAGCUAUUCGAAUUAUUGAUAUUUUUACUGUUAAACCAAUUGAUCGUGAUACAAUUCGUAAAUCAGUUAAUGCUACACAUGAUCGACUUCUUAUCGUUGAAGAUCAUUAUUUAGAAGGUGGCUUGGGUGAAGCUGUUAUGGCUGCUCUUGCUGAUCAACCAAAUAUCACAAUUGCUCAUUUAGCUGUACGUGAAGUUGCACGUAGUGGUAAAUCAGCUGAAUUAUUAGAUAAAUAUGGUAUUGAUGCACAACAUAUUGUCAAUGCUAUCGAACAACUUAUUGAAAAUAAAACAUAA